AAUCUUUGGCAUUUUGGGAUAAACCACACACGCAAGAAUGGUAUAGAUUCAAAUGCAUAGCCAAAAAACAAAGUUAAGAAUAUGUUUUACUUUUCCAUGCAGUCAUUCCUCACAUCACAAAUUCUUCCAGAGUUAAUACAAAAACUCAUACUGAGAGAGACACCCCAACUAGAAAGAUUGUGUUAAACCAGGUAAAACAACAUGGCAAGCAAAGGCUUAUUAUGUUCUUGUUUACAAGAUUAUUUGAGUGCUAUUAGAGGCAAAGUUCCUGGUGAGUCAAGUGGAAAAACUAAAUCUUCGACUACCAUCAUCAAGGGGGAAGUUGUUAUCAUCCGUCAUGGGGAAUCGGAUCCUGAAAAAUCAGUUUUCGUUCAGAUCUGUAGUUGCACUGAGGACAAGCCAGGAUCUGGCAAAGGGAAGUUGAGUGAACAGAGGAGGCUCAAAGGUGGAAAGAGCUACGAUUUUAAUGGCAUGAAAGCCACAAAAUACACAAUUAAGUUCCGGGUUGAGCUAGAUUUUGGAAUUCCGGGAGCUUUAGUCAUUAAAAGCCAACAUAAGCAAAAAUUCUUCCUUCAGUCUGCAACUCUCCAAACUUUGCAUCCGAUCCACUUCCACUGCAACUCUUGGAUAUACCCUUUCCAACUGACCAAAGCUGAUCGAGUUUUCUUCUCAAACACAAGUCAUCUUCCAAACCAAACACCAGGUGGCCUAAGAGAUUGGAGGCAGGAGGAACUUAAAAGCUUGAGGGGCAAUAAAAGUGGAGAGAGGAAGGAAUGGGACCGAAUCUACGACUAUGACUUUUACAAUGAUCUGGGCAAUCCUGAUAAAGGUCGAGAAUAUGUGAGACCUGUCUUGGGUGGGUCUAGAUCACAUCCAUAUCCUCGUCGAGGAAGAACAGGUCGUCCUCCUAGCAAAGCAGAUCCUUUAACCGAGAGCCGGCCAGAAAAAAUCAACUUAGACAUAUACGUUCCUCCGGAUGAGCGGUUCAGCCCAAAGAAACUAUCUGAGUUUAUAUCAAAUUCAAUCCAGGCUACCGUACAUUUGCUUAUCCCUGAAGCAAAAUUACUGUUCAAACAAGAUUCUGGUAGUUUUCGUUCAUUUGAAGAGACAAGUAGCUUUUUUUCCAGCAAUAAAAACCAAGUGGUGGAGGGACAGGUUAAAGAGACAUUGAAGAAUAUGGUACCAGAAAAGCUUUUCAAAGAAGUAAUUCAUGCAAGCAAUCAAAACCCAGUAAAAUUUCCAUUGCCUCAAAUUAUUGCAGAAAAUGAAUUGGCAUGGAUGGAUGACGAAGAGUUUGGGCGACAAAUGAUUGCGGGAAUUAAUCCAGCAAAAAUCCAGUGCUUGGAGGUGUUUCCACCACAGAGCAAAAAUGGAGUGAGGAGUUCAAUAAUGGAGUCAGACAUAAAGAACAACCUCGAUGGCCUGAGUCUUACUGAGGCAAUGAACGGAUGGAAGAUACUCAUCCUGGAUCAUCAUGACUACCUGAUGCCAUUUUUAAACAGAAUAAACACAAAGGGUGUUUGUGCCUAUGCAUCUCGUACACUACUGUUCCGAAGAAGUGAUGACACACUAAAGCCAAUAGCAAUAGAACUUAGCUUGCCUGGCUCCUCUUAUGCCAGUGAAAUUAAUAUGGUGAUUCUUCCAGCAAGUCAUGGCAACGAAGCAGCAUUGUGGCAACUUGCUAAAACUCAUGUUGUAGCUAAUGACUCUGUUCAUCAUCAACUAAUCAGCCAUUGGUUACAAACCCAUGCAGUACUUGAACCCUUCAUCAUUGCCACUAGGAGGCAAUUGAGUGUGAUGCAUCCAAUCCACCGAUUACUAGAUCCUCAUUUCAAAGACACCAUGCACAUAAAUGCAUUGGCUCGGAGUAUCCUCAUUAACUCUGGAGGAGUCCUUGAGAAAAUAUUGCUGUCUGGUGAAAUCUCCAUGGAGCUGUCUUCUGAAGUUUACAAGGAGUGGAGAUUUGAUCAGCAGGGCCUUCCCGAUGAUCUAAUCAAGAGAGGCAUGGCCAUAAAAGAUUCAAAUCCCACUGGAGUUCGGCUCCUCUUUGAGGACUAUCCCUAUGGAGCAGAUGGAAUUGAGAUAUGGACCGCCAUCAAGACCUGGGUCACAGAUUUUUGCUCAAUCUUCUAUAAAGAUGAUAAUUCUGUCAAGUCUGACAUAGAACUCCAAGCAUGGUGGUCAGAAAUAAAAAAUAUCGGUCACGGUGAUAAGCGUAAUGAGACAUGGUGGUACAAAAUGAAAGAAUUUUCAGAACUAACACAGGCUUUGACAACUCUCAUAUGGAUUGCAUCUGCCCUCCAUGCUUCAGUGAACUUUGGGCAAUAUGCAUAUGCUGGUUACCCUCUGAACCGUCCCACACUAUGUCGAAAGUUUAUUCCAAAGGAAGGAUCUAUUGAAUAUGCCGAGUUCCUUGAGGAUCCAGACAAAUACUAUUUUAAGAUGUUGCCUGAAAGAUUUGAGAUGAGCCUUGCUGUAGCAUUAGUAGAGGUCCUCUCUCAGCACACAUCAGACGAAGUGUACUUGGGUCAGAGGCCAUCAGAGUGGACAGACAAUGAGGAGGUUAAGCAUAAAUUUGACAAGUUCAAUGCUGAACUUCAAAAGAUAGAGAGAAAAAUCAUGGAGAGGAAUAACGAUCCCAGGCUUAAGAACAGAUGCGGUCCUGUGAAGAUUCCAUACAAACUUUUGUAUCCUGACACAUCCAAUAAUGGACCCAAAGAGGGUAUAACGGGAAAGGGAAUCCCUAACAGUAUAUCUAUUUGAAAUGUUUUCAGACAUUAUACCAUAUCGACUCAAAGAGCAUUACCUUGCAAAAGAUCCUUUCUUAUUUAUUUUAAUAAGUAGAUUACCUUAAUACCAUGAACUUGCUUGGUAAAGCUAAUA